UUUAGCCCAACAAAGAGGAAAAUCAUGUUUAUACGAAUUUUUCACCACCUAGGUGAUGUUUUUCGUUUUGUUCUUGCGUCAAAUAGGCAGAAAGGUGGAGGGAGAAUUCACACUUUCAACUACAAUUGAGGGACCAAUUGAACAAUUUCCGUAAGAAACAAAUAGUACUAUCCAGCAAGCAUUUUCCAAUAUUUUUAUAUCAAGUGGACAGACUCCAGAGCAUCGGAGAAAAAGAUAAACACGUCAGCAGCAAAAUUCUGGCCUUAAGGCAAUCCAUUUGUAUCGAAAAAGGGCAAUCCAUUUGUGAUUUUUGAUUUGGCCGCCUCCCUUUUUUUCCUCACACAUAUAUCUCUACAUUCUCUUCAAUCGAAUGACCAAAACGAAACCCUAGAAUAUCGCCGGAGCUGAAAGACUGCAUGAGUAGUCACCGAGAAGAAACAGAGUGCUUCAAAGCAGUGAAGCAGCAAUUCAAUAAAAUACAAUGGUGGUCGUUGUUUCUCAAGCUCAGCCUUGGUCUGCCUUCCUUACUCUCCGCCAAUCUCCUCUUACGUCGUCGUUGCCGUCUUCCUUUAGAAUACCUCCUCGCUUCUCUAAUCGUCGAUGGUUAACUCAUCGUUUUACUACUCAAAGGGUUGGAAGUCUUAACUCUAGAUGUUCCAUAAAUACUGACGUCUUAACUGACAUUUCAACUGAUCAAGAGGUUCGGGAUGAUGUUGCAACUGAUGAUUGUGGCUAUACAGUGCCUGUUCUUCAUCUCAAAUCUGAUAUUUUGGAAACUGACGCACUAAAUAUGCUAGCCAAGGGCACAUUUGUGGACACUCUCUUGACAACAUUGCCAGUCUUAUCAGAGGAGGAGCAGAAUAUUAUUGCUGCAACUCCUGCUCAUCCAGCUGGGUUAUAUGCUUUAUAUGCUAGUUGGCUGGCUGGGAAUAUGGUGGAACAACUUUGGAAUUUUGCCUCGCCUGCUGCCAUUGCAUUGAUUCAUCCUAGCCUUCUUCCUGUAGCACUGAUGGGUUUCUUCGCUAAGCUUGCUGUAAUUGUUGGAGGGCCUUUGGUUGGCAAACUUAUGGAUCACUUUCCUAGGGUUCCUGCGUAUAAUUGUCUAUCAAUAGUCCAGACAGCUGCCCAGAUGGUGUCUGUUGGAAUGAUUAUACAUGGUCAUACACUUCAUCCAACAUCUGCAUCAUCUUUACUUUUCCGUCCUUGGUUUAUUGUGCUUGUUCUAGUGGGAGCUGUUGAGAGGCUAUCUGGGCUAGCAUUGGGGGUUGCAGUGGAGCGUGAUUGGGUUGUUUUGUUAGCUGGAACCAAUCGCCCAGUUGCUCUUGCUCAAGCAAAUGCUGUUCUAAGCCGUAUUAACCUGUUAUGCGAGAUUGUUGGAGCAGCAGUAUUUGGCAUUCUUCUCUCUAAAUAUGAACCUGUGGUAUGCUUAAAAAUUGCAGCUGGUUUGAUGAUGGGGACACUCCCUAUUGUGGUAUCUCUGACAUGGCUAACCAACAAGCUUUCCUCUGGGGUUCUUGACCGAGCUGUGGAAACUUGUUUCAGUUGUUCCUCCCCAUCUUCACUAAAAUCAGAAAAUAUAGUCGCAGUGGGUCUGGAAGCUGUAAAGCAUGGAUGGUUUGAAUAUGUUAGACAACCUGUUCUUCCAGCAAGCAUAUCCUAUGUGCUAUUAUACUUCAAUGUUGUUCUUGCACCUGGUGGUUUAAUGACAGCAUUUUUAACAAAGCAAGGUUUAAAUCCAUCUAUUAUUGGGGGCUUUAGUGGAUUAUGUGCUUUUAUAGGCGUUGCAGCGACAUUUGUGUCUGCAAAGAUGGUCAAGCACUUUGGCAUCUUAAAGGCUGGAGCCGCUGGCCUAGUAUUCCAGGCUCUGCUUCUGACCACGGCUGUUGCUGUUUAUUGGAGUGGAUCUCUUUCUCAGCAGACUCCCAUUUUCUUUUUCUUGGCUUUAGUUGUAUUGUCAAGACUGGGACACAUGUCCUAUGAUGUCAUCGGGCAACAGAUUCUACAAACUGGAAUUCCUGCAUCCAAGGCCAAUCUUAUCGGAACUACCGAGGUUUCUGUUGCGAGUUUAGCAGAAUCAAUAAUGUUAGGAGUUGCUAUAAUUGUAAAUGAUGUCUCCCAUUUUGGAUUUCUAGCGACGAUUUCCCUUGUGUCCGUAAUUGGGGCAGCAUGUCUAUACUGUAGAUGGUUGGAAAAUCCAACAGAUAUACAAAGGACUCUUUUCUCUUUUAGCCCUAAUAUAUGAAAUGCCACAAGUACAUAAGUAGCAUGGUUUAUAUCAUCACAUUGAAAGUUACAUCAACAACAUGCCCUACUGUAGUCCCACAAUGAGGUCUGGGAGGAUGGAUGUUCACAGACCUUACCCCUACCUUUGUGAGAUAGCACAUUGAAAGUUAUACAUGGCAAUUGAAAUGCAUCCAGUAUGCCUUUUGUAAAUUACUUAUUAUCAUCAUUAUAUCAGCUAACAUCAAUGUAUAAUUUUAUAUAAAAGUUGUACUCAUUUUAAGUGAA